AUGAACGACGAGGUGUCAAGAAUUUUUAACAAGUACUCUAUUCAACCCUCCUCAACGCCUUUCUACAUCAUGAAAAACUUCUCUUUCCUCUCAUUGGCCUUUCUAGUGUUCGCUGCUCGCUUGUUGCAAGUGCACGGGUUCUGUAUCUACAACAGCAUGGAUCCUGGAAACGUACUGUAUCUAGAAGAAUUUGAUGGCUUUGGGAAUGAUGCAACCUCAGCAUUCAAAUACGAUUACUUGGAUGGUGGUAACCGUGCUUGCUGCUCUUAUCACAACAAGGACUGUGUAGCAGGAGGUGACCCAACCCACAUUAUCCAAAUGGCCGUUGAACUGAGCAAUACUAAAGGCUUCGUUACUUACAAAGAGUGGGUUAUUAGUUUUCCUGGCGGCGGCUGGGUCAAUGUCUCUGGUAUCACUGGCCACGAAGUAGCAGACUCUUAUGAUGCUGAGGGAAACCAUCUGGCUCAUUAUAUCUAA